CAACCAUUUGGUAGACUAAACGCUUGUUUUUUUCAGUGACAACGACACUUUGGAUCCAGGUGGGGGAAUUGGGGGACCCCUGAUGAACAGCAUAGUGAAUGGAGUCGGAACCCCCACUCGCAAUGGCCCCCCUUCCAUUGGCGAUUCCGGGCCUCCUUCCUCCUCAGCGUCCACGGCGAGUCUGAUCCAGACAGCUUCAUCCGGCACGAAUUUCCCCACGGAAUUUCUGGACAACGAUUUUCCUUCAUUGGAUUUCCCCACCACAACGUGGGACUUGGAGCCGCCCUGGCCUGAAACUGCUAGGCCGAACUCUAGGCAGAGUCUAACUCCGGUUUCGACACCAACGCCCAGGCCACCAAGUAAUCCAUCGUACAGCAAUGCGCCUACUGUAGUCCAAAGUCCGAUGACGCAUUACACGACGAUGGCCAGUCCAGGACAGCCAAUCACCGCCAAUCAGGGACAGCAGAGCCAACCGAGCAACUACAUGCUGUUGGGUCUCAUGGAGGACUUUUCCGAACAGCCAGUUUAUCCGGUUGAUGAGCAGAAAGAUACCAAAGCACUAGAUGAGCCGAGCAACCAUCCAGGGCCUCAAAGGCUCCGGGUGCUGCUGACCAAUCCUCCAACGGCCAAUGCGAACAGCAGCCAUAUGAACGAUCAGCAGGACGGGAAUCGCGAUCGCAUUCUGAAGGAGCUGUUGAAUCAGCAGGACGACGACCAUGGGGUGCGGAUGGAUAGCAGGAGCAAUGCGCGCCUGAUGAGCAACAGGGGGCAGAUGGUGGAGCCUCCCAAGAACUCCUCGUCUUCCUCCACUGGCAACAAUAUGUUACGACAGGUGAGUGCUUAGUUGAUUCGGUUCUGCA